UAAUUACAACAAACGAGCUGUACAGAUCGUGUCUUCUUGUAUUAACCAGCUCCCUAUACAAGACUGGCCGCUCCAAGCUUGGCGUGACCCCACCUGCACCUGAUGCAUCUUUUGGAGCGUUGAUAGGUGCCGAGUGUUGUUGUUGUUGUUGUUGUUUCAACCUCUCACCUUCCUCUUUCGGUAUUUCGCCUUCUAAAAGGCUCGAGUCAGGCCAUUCAAGCCUGAGGCCACCGGUCCAGCAGGUCGUGGUGCCGUUCGUGUCUAUCAACGGAGAUGGAGACGAACCUUUUCCAGCAUUUGCCGGGUGGCCGAUGCGCGUUUGCAGCCUGCACAAUCCACAAUCCACAAUCCACAAUCCACAAUCCACAAUCCACAAUCAUCCGAAUGAUCGUCACCAGUCUCGCGUGCACCGCGCCCAUCUGAUCUUCGCCCGUUGGAAGAUCUUCAAAUGCGCGUCUACGCGGGCGAUUAUGCGCCUUUGGCACUGCCCAUCUCUGUGCCUUGCACAUCUUCUAAAAUGUCCUCCCACGAUUCAGCCAGAAGACAGAUAUAAAGCCAGCUGCCAUUCCAGCCCGCCGUCAUCAGCAUCAAAGCUCAGCAAUCACACAACUCUUGUUGAGGGCGGGCGGCAUCGGUCGAUAUGCUCUGCGUACGGCCGUAGGCUGAGGCUUGCCCAGCCCGCGAAUGCCGCUACGUCAUGUCUCACACGCACACCACACACGCUCACACACACACAAAAGUCCCCUCGUGAAGGUUUCGCUACAACGCCCUACUACAUCCAUCGCGGCAUCCCAUCCCAUCGCUAGACUUGGAAUUGUAAUAAUAAUAAUAAUAAUGCCAGAUAUCAAUAGCAGCAGCACACUACGUAAUACGCCCUGGGUGGUGGUAGUGGUAGUGGUGGAGGUGGUAGUGCCCGUCAACAGCGAAUAACCACCCGCCUGCUCUCAUGAUGCUGCCUUUUGUCGUCAUCUCAC